CCCGUGUUUUUGACAUGGAGGCACCGAGAGUCAAUGCUUCUAUGUUAACCCAAUAUUCUGGGAAAACUGUUUGUCUUGUGGGAAAUGUAACAGAGGUAAGUACGAAGAAAGAGUGUGAAAGGUCUACACUCGAUGUUCGAUGUUAUACUAACUGCGGCUAAUAAGUAUAUUAUUUUAUUAUUCUAGAUCGGCAAAGAGGUAGAUUGCUAAUUGAUAAUUCAUGCAUGGCUGUACCUAGUGGGGGUUUUUGUGGGGAAAUAGCUAAUUCUUUGCGAGAGGCUGGAAGGGGGAAUUGGAAAUGACCAUUAUUCGAUCUCGUGACGAAAUUUGAAUGUCCCAGUCUUCACUGACUGUCUGUUAUUUUCAAAUAAAGUUUAGAAUGGCUUAAUUAUUGCUGUACGUUUGCUCACUUUUACGUGACUGAGCCGCAAAAUAAAAAUGGAUGCCAUUUUCGCAAGAUUUCUACUUAGCCCCAUACUUAAUUAUGCAAACAGUUCCUGGAUUAAUAAUUAUCCUGGAUUAAUGAUGAUCACGAUUUUGAAAAUAUUGACUUUGAAAACGCUUCUAUAAUUGGUAAAGGUGGUUUUAGAACAGGAAAGACACUGGAAACCUGGAAUACCAAACUGACUCCUAAUGUGGACAAUAAUUCAUGUCCACUGCUUGGACAAUACAACAUUAUUUUUAACAAACAUUCAUAAUUGUUUGUAUUAUUAUUUAACAAUUUCACGCUUUUUUAUUCAGAUUUUCCGCUUCUUGUCAUUCAUAUUUCACUGUUGAAGAUUGCAGUUCAGGCAUUUGAUAGCUCAUAAUUUUUUAAGAUCAUUCUUUUUAAAAAAAAAAAUUUACCAGUUCUUGGAUAAAUACAACAGUGAAAACCAUAGAAUAGUUUUGGGACUACAUCUUUAUUUGAGAAUAGAUAGGGUUAUAGAUAAAUCUUUCCUGGAUUCUUGUUGUAUAAUCGCCUGUCAAAUAUAACCACUUCAUUCUCAUAUUCAUGCUGUUUUUCUAUUCACCUCUUCAUUCAGCCUCAGUCUUUUUCUUUCUUUCCUACCAUCUUCUUUGGCUGACUAGCUACUUAUUGUUAUGACCAAAUUCAAAGCUGAAAAGUGAUCAUAGUAAUGGUGUUCCUUUUUAAUUUUUUACACUCACACUACUCGUGUACACUGAGGAGUAAAAGUGGGGAACUGAUAAAUUGUCAGGGCAACCAGAAGAAAUGCACAGGUUAUGUCUGCACUUGAGCCCAGUGGCUAUUCAAGCAGAGCUUAUCCUGGUUUCUGUAGUAUCAAGUAUCCAGGGGUAUUUCUAUUCCCACCUGGAUGGGAUGACAGUCUAUUGCAAGGUUACCCCCCUAGCAUUUCACAGGACCUCCCUAACAGUUUGCCUGUACUGAUUUAAACUCCUGGGCAGAGAGAGGCAAUGACCCGGCUUGAUCUGGAAGCAGACCUCUCUUCUUGGAGUUCAGUGUGCUAACUGCAAAGAAAUGCAAAGAAGAAAUCUAUAGACCAGAAGUAGCUUUGGUAGGAUUGACUAGGCUUCUGACCUGACUAUCCAUGAUCUUUUUUCUUCAAUUUUCAGGUGGUGAAUGCGAGGGUUAUAAUUCAGCAAUUCAGCUUUUUCUAUACUGGUUCAAUUUAAGACUCAUCUUGUUUUUCUUGCAGAUCAGUUCAAAUGGUGCUGAGCUUAAGCUCAUGGCUUGUGACCACAAGGUUGUCAAAGUCACUCUGGAUGUACCAGUAAGUCCUAUCUUUAAAUGAUUUAUAUUUUUAAUUCAAAUGAAAAGUUGUUCACUCAGUAUCAAAGAACACAUUCCGAUUACUUGUUCUGUUAAAUAAAAUUUUUAGCUUGAUGAGAAGCUCCAAGGAGCAGUGGAGGUCAUAGGAAGAGUAGAGAACAAUUGUUCGCUGUCAGGACACAGAAUUAUUCCAUACAGCAAUGAUUUUGGUAAGGAUGCUUCUGCUUUUGUCAUGUGAUUUUAGAUAUAAUUCUCUGCUUACCAAUGAUUUAACCCUAUAACUCCCAGAAGUGAUAAACAUGUAACUUCUCCCUAUAAUAAGUUAUAAACUGUCCAGCGGACAGGUGGUGAGAAUACUCAAACUUAUCAGGUAGAAAGUUAUCAUGGUCCAACUCUGAAUUCUAGAAACUGAUUUACAAAGAAAUGUGUAGCAGCUCGAGGGGAGAAUUAACAAUCAGAUCAUGGGAAUUAAAGUGUUAACGGAUGUUGUGGUAAAUAUGGCUUUGAACUCAAUAAGUGGUUGAGAUUAACUGUACUUAUGUCAAUUUUUUUUAAGCUUUUUUUUUUUUGGUAGCUUUCUACUUCUUUUAUUUGGUGGAAACAUAAAAUAGAGGUUCUAUUUUACAGUUAUGUGAAUUAUUUUUGUCAAUAGACCUGGAUGCCUAUAGUCAAGCCGUUUCAUUAGCUGCUGACUUCCCUGAAAUAUUUGGAUCUACACAGUUGAAUGGAUUUGGCCACUAACCAGAUAAAAACAUGAAGUUAUUCCCUCAUCAUGAACCAGAAAGUAAAGGCUGUGAAAUGAACCUUAAAGACUCCUAGCUGAUUAGUCUUCAUGUUUUUCCAGACCAACACCUCACAUUGUGUUGCUCAUUAUUUGAGACUAAGAUUUGUAUUUCUCUAGUGGUCUGGUGGAGAUGUUUGCAACUGUUAUGGAAAAGAAACAAGACACAAUGUGGAGGGAAACUAUAGUUGCCUGUAAACCCUCACUGUUUUUAUUGAAUAGUAGUUUAGAGCUACAAUCUUUUACCAAAUAAAUGGAA